GCGUUUACGUCACUUAGGCUGGGCUGCUAGGCUAGGCUGCUCGUUGGUGUAAUUUGCGUUGGUGUAAUUUUCUCACAACAAUCGUCUCAAGAUGACAUCUCGGAAAAGCGAAACGAUGGCCUCAUCCAUCAUCUCUGGCAUAAAUAUUGCCAUGGCAGAGCUCGUGGAUAUAUGGAAUAGCAUCGGCAUCGUAGAGGAGCAGAGAGUCGAACGGAUGUUGACCGUGAAGAAGCACAUAGAGGAUCUUUUGAGGGAUAUGAUAACGGAAGAGGAAGCCCUCAAGAACCGAAUCAAAUCGAGUAUUGCGAUCUCCCAGAAGCAGCUUGAUGAGUUAUAUGAGGAAAUGUCAGCGGAACCUUAUAAGCUGGACGAGGGCCAGACCAUCCUGCAGAUUCAGAGGAACCUGCGUCAUAAAGUGGACGCCCUGCAGAAGGAGAAGAAGGACCGCCUGCAGGAGCUGAAGACUCUCCAGCAGGAGGACGACCAGCUGUGCGUCCAGCUCUGCGCCACGCCCUACUACGUGCCCUCCAACACCGUGCCCUCCCACGUGCAGCUGAAGGCUCUACGGGAGCACGUCCAGGACCUUGCUGCAGAGAAGAGGAGCCGGCUGGCUGUGUUCACUGCUCUCAGGGAGGGCGUUGUGUGUCUGAAGAGUGAGAUGGGGCACGAUCCAGAGACCAGCCUGGAGAGGGAGGCUGCGAGCGACGACCCUGACGUGUUCCUGCUGACCCACGGAAACAUCAAAGCUCUUCAGCUGCUGGUUGAACAGCUGAAGGUGAAGAAGGAAUCACUGAUCUCCACCCGAGACAAGCUGAAGGAGCGAGCCAUGUGUCUGUGGAACCGCUUGGAUUGCCCUGAAAAAGAUGGCCGCUUCCCGGUGGACACUCAAGGGACCCUCACAGACGACAUCUCACGGUGGCAGGUGGAGGUACACCGGCUGGAAGCGCUGCAGAAGUCCCGGCUGGAGGACGUCAUCGAGAAGGCCCGCCUGGAGCUCAUGGAUAUGUGGGAUAAGUGCCUGUUUGGGUCUAAACAGAGGGACACAUUCCACUACUACUUCUGUGAUGUUAAUUACACAGAGGCGCUUCUGAUUGCGCACGACUCUGAGCUGGUGAAACUGAGGGACUACCAUGACAAAGCUCGCCCCCUCCUGGACGCUCUGGAUAAGUGGGAGAAGAACUGGGAGCUCUUCCAGGAUUUUGAGAGGAAGGCUUCUGACCCAGGCAGGUUCUCCAACAGAGGAGGAGCCUUGCUGAAGGAGACCAAGGAAAGGACCAAGGUCCAGAAGAUGCUCCCAAAGCUUGAAGAAGAGAUGAAGGGGGCUGUGAGCGCUUGGCAGAAGAGUCACGGCUCUGAGUUUCUGGUGCGAGGACUCAAGCUCAUGGACUACAUCGCUUCUCAGAGGGAGGAGCACAAACUGCUGAAGGACAAGGAGAAGAAUGAGAGGAUGACCAAGAAGUCAGAGAACACUAUAUUUAAGACUCCCACCAAACGGCCCCUGACGGGCGCUUCUGGAAUGGCCACGCCCAACAAGACCAGAAAGCAAACACCCAAUCAGACAGUUUUGCGGUGCAACAGUACCAGUGUAAGCAGCGGCAGCGGCAGCAGCGGCUGCUCCAGCUCAUCCACCUACCUGUCUGUGCCCUCAGCCAAGCCUCCGCAGGGGUCCACAAAGAAAAACAGAAUUCUUGAACCACUCCAGGUCUUCAACUAUGAGCAAUCUCCUGGCAUCACCUACUCUGACUUCACGACUGAACUCUCUAGAAAGGCCAGUCAAGAAGCCAUACUCAACAGCACCGUGCUGCUGGACGUGGAGAAGAGGAACUAGCGAGGAGAAGCCGUUGCUGUAUGUCCGGCUCGAUUCGGACCACUUUUUGUCCUCAUCUUGGAGAUCUGUAUGGGUGCUUCCAGGGAGGACCUGUCACAGGUGGUGUGCCGGAGGGAGGACCUGUUACAGGUGGUGUGCCGGAGGGAGGACCUGUUACAGGUGGUGUGCUGUGGCCUUCAAAGCAUGCUGUUUGCUUUUUAAAUAUGUUUAUUUUCCUUUAGUUUUUUUUUGGGGGAGGGGGGUUUCUUGCAUUUUUAAACA